CAUCCCUCAAGUCGGUUCAAGAUGGGCGCCUACAAGUACCUCACCGAGCUCUACACCAAGAAGCAGUCGGACGUUCUCCAGUUCGUCUCGCGCGUCCGCUGCUGGGAGUACCGCCAGCUCGCGGUCAUCCACCGCGCCUCGCGCCCCUCGCGCCCCGACAAGGCCCGCCGCCUCGGAUACAAGGCCAAGCAGGGCUACGUCGUGUACCGCAUCCGUGUCCGCCGCGGUAACCGCAAAAAGCCUGCCCCCAAGGGUGCCACCUACGGCAAGCCCGUCCGCCAGGGUAUCAACCACCUCAAGUACCAGCGUGGUCUCCAGUCGACCGCCGAGGAGCGUGUCGGCCGUCGCUGCGGCAACCUCCGUGUCCUCAACUCGUACUGGAUCAACCAGGACGGUGUCUACAAGUACUACGAGGUCAUCCUCGUCGACCCCCAGCACAAGGCCAUCCGCCGCGACGCCCGCAUCAACUGGAUCGCCAACCCCGUCCACAAGCACCGCGAGUCGCGUGGCCUCACCGCCGAGGGCAAGCGCAACCGUGGUCUCGGCAAGGGCUCCAAGUACAACCACACCCCCGCCCGCGCUACCUGGCGCAAGCACAACACCCUCUCGCUCCGCCGCUACAGGUAAACGUUGUCUGCGCUUGGACCAGGUCUGCGGUGCCCGUGGCCAACGACUUUGGGAAGAGGCAGCUUCGAUCCUAUUUCGGCUGUUCAGAGGUGGUGUCUAUGGCCACUAUUGGCUACUGUGAGGAUGGAUGCAAUGUGUACAUUCUCGAGGACUGUGGAGGUUGCGGAGGAGGUGAGGUGAGGGCUGACUGGAGAGUGUGAUCGGCGACGGAGGUGAUCAGCGUCGGUGAGGCAGUAGCAGGUGGUGUCAGUGGUGGCUCGUUGCGCGGUGUGCUCCUGAGGCUGUGCAUCUCGCUAUCAUGAUGUCCAGAGAUCAGGGGAUAGGAGCUGGUGCAUGUGUACGUCCGGUACGACUGACUCGAGGCCGAGGACUCUGCGCGUCGAUGCUGUCAUAGCUGCCUGCCAACAUGGCCACCCGCCAACUCAAUCCUGGACUUCUGAAAUCUGAGCACAACCACCAUCGUUCCUGAAUGGCAGUGAAGGAGAUAUGAUAUACAGGCAGUGAACCCCAGCAGCAAUGGCCUUGGCACCGUUCUUGUAUCAAGUGC